UAGGUUGCCAUGGAAUCAAUUUACAUCACACGAGGAAGUAGCCAAGUUUUAGUUUAGUAAUCUAGCUCGUGAAAUGUUUUUAGCUAUCGUUACGUGUUAAGUUGUUAUUUAUUUGUCGCUAACUGUAAUGUUUUCCGUGAAGUAUGAAGACUUAUGAGCAAAAACGGAAACACUAAUGUCACAGAUACCUAACCAUUGCUAAAAAGCUGAAGCUACUGUGUUUUGGUAUAUCCAAGUUCCACCAUGCAGUCGGACGGGGACAGUGGACUGGGAGACCUGGAGGCCAAGCUGGUCAGGAAAGAGAUGGAGUGGAAGGAGCUCCAGGCUGCGAUGGUUCAUCAACUGGAGACUUCCCUCAAAACGGCCCAGGAGGAGUGCUUAUCCCUCAGAGAACGUUACCAGCAAUUGAAGGAAGAUUUCCAGUUCAACCUUGCCAUCCUGGAUGAACGAGACAGAGAGCUGGAGAGAUAUGAUGCCCUAACUUCAAGCGUUCUGACCGAGGAGAAAAAACG